UAUCUCAGAAUCUAGUACUAUUUUUAUAAUUCAUGAUUAAAAUUCGCCAACUUUAACCGAAAAAAAAAACAAAAUUAAACAAAUAUUUAGUGAGUGUUAAAUUUCAUUUGAGGCGGCGAAGGGAGUGGCGGUUUCAUCAUUUGAAUGGAAGUGGCGUGGCGGGAGGUUUAAGUGUAAAGCAGCCAUGAACUCUCCGGCCGCCGUCGUCCCCAAAUCCCUUGCGGAGAUCAAAGCGGCUCUGUUUCAAGGCUUCGGCUCGUUCAACCACCUCAAGCACAUCCACGGCCGGCUUCUCCGCUGCGGUUUCCACCAGAACAACUACCUCCUCAACCAAUUGCUGAAGCUUGCCCUCAACACCUUCCACCGCCCAAACUACGCCAGGCUUCUUUUCAGCCAGACCAGAGACCCCAACAUCUUCCUCUGGAACACCAUGAUCCGGGGGUUUGUGACCAACGAUUGCUUCGAUCUCGCCAUUGAGGUCUUCAAUUCCAUGCGCCGGAUGAGCUUCUUGCCCAACAAUUUCACUUUCCCUUUCCUUCUGAAAUCUUGCGCCAGGGUUUCGGACUACGAAACGGGAUUCAAGGCUCAUAGCCUCGUCUUCAAAACUGGGUUUGAUCGCGAUCCGUUUGUGAACACCGGGUUGGUUUGUUUUUACGCGAGAUGUGGGUUCAUAGAGGAUGCACACAAAGUGUUCGACGAUAUUCCCGAGAAGAAUGUGGUUUCUUGGACGGCGAUUAUCAGUGCUUAUGUUGAUCUGGGGAGGUUUAGAGAAGCAGUUGAUUUGUUCCGCAGGUAUCUGGAGAUGGGUUUGGUGCCUGACAGUUUUAUCCUUGUUAGGGCACUCUCUGCCUGUAGCCAUUUGGGAGAUAUUGGAAGUGGUGAGUGGAUACACAGGUAUGUGUUGGACACUGGAGCAGGAAGGAAUGUGUUUGUGAGUACUUCUCUGGUAGACAUGUAUUCGAAAUGUGGGGACAUGGAGAAAGCCCACCGUGUCUUUGAUGAAAUGCCUCAGAAGGAUAUUGUCUCAUGGAGUGCUAUGAUUCAAGGCUACGCUGCGAAUGGCCUCCCCAAGAAGGCACUAGAUGUGUUUUACAGAAUGCAAAUGGUGAAUUUGAGCCUUGAUUGUUAUUCAAUGGUUGGGGUACUCUCUGCGUGCGGACGAUUAGGAGCCUUGAACGUGGGUAUCCAGGCGGCUAAGCUAAUGGACAGAAAAGAAUUUCAGUCCAACCCUGUUUUGGGCACAUCGCUCAUAGACAUGUACGCGAAAUGCGGUCAGAUGGAUUUGGCCUGGCUAGUGUUUAAAGACAUGAAGUUGAAGGACCGCGUGGUCUGGAAUGCCAUGAUUUCUGGGCUUGCAAUGCACGGUCAUGUUAGGUCUGCAUUUUCCUGUUUUGCCCAACUAGAGAAACAUGGCAUUCGUCCUGACGGGAACACCUUCAUGGGCCUCCUUUGUGCUUGCACUCACGCCGGUCUUCUCAACGAAGGCCGACGCUUUUUCAACAGCAUGACCCGCGUGUAUUUCUUAAAUCACGACAUUCAACAUUACGGGUGCAUGGUCGAUCUCCUCGGGCGUAGCGGUCGGUUACAGGAGGCCCGUUCCUUAAUCGAAGGCAUGCCGAUGAAAGGCAAUGCCGUCAUUUGGGGUGCCUUGUUAGGUGGGUGCCGAUUACAUCGCGACACUAAGUUGGCUGAAUAUGCUGUCAAAAAACUGAUUGAACUCGAGCCUUGGAACUCCGGAAACUAUGUUCUUCUCUCAAACAUAUACUCAGCUGACCACAAAUGGAACGAUUCAGAGAAGAUCCGAUCAGACAUGAACGAAAAGAACAUUCAGAAGAUACCCGCGUAUAGUUGGAUAGAAGUCGACGGAACUGUUCACGAGUUUCUCGUGGGGGAUACAAACCACCCGAUGUCGGAUCAGAUUCAUUCGAAACUUGUGGAGUUGGAGAAGAGGUUAAGGGAAGAAGGGUAUGUUCCAAAGACAGAAUAUGUUCUCUUUGACAUUGAAGAGGAAGAGAAGGAGCAUUUUGUGGGAUGUCACAGCGAGAAGAUAGCCGUUGCGUUUGGUUUGAUUAGUGUUAAGCCUAAUGACACAAUCCGAGUGAUUAAAAAUCUUCGUAUAUGCGGCGAUUGCCACGCAGCCAUCAAACUCAUCUCGAAGAUCACAGGUCGGGAGAUCAUCGUGAGAGACACAAAUCGCUUCCAUUGUUUUGUCGAUGGAUCGUGCUCAUGUCAGGAAUACUGGUAGGAAGAAUUAUACGCAAAUGUCUUGUUGAUGGUAGGAGGGAGGCUGACACCAUCAAAACCACACAAGGCUUUUGGCUGCCACAAGAACUUGAGGAUAUUAUUUAAGGGUGUCUUUUGCCCCACUUGCCUCUGUGCUGCAUGCAUUCAGAAGAAGCUGAAAUGUAGAGAGGGAGGAAUGCGGUCAAACGAAAGCUCAGUCAAAUUCAGCUCGAAACGUUGGAAUCUUCUUCUUCUUGAAACCGCACAGGGUCAAUUGAUUCAAUGGUUCGAUGAAGCCCCGGUGAUGGAAGCGUUAUUUCUUUAAACUCUAUACAUAAUGGAAGAACAAAAUUAUAGUGCAUUUCCUUUCAAUGAAUGCAAAAUCUAGUU